AUGACGGACGAAACUUCCGACGAGGCCAUGCAGCCUUUUGCAUUGUGCAGCGAUUCGGUCCUCCGGUACAUCAGCAGCGUCCAGCUCGAGACGGCUUUCUCGCCAGUGCAUCAAACCAAACGGCCGCAGCUGUGGUCACUGAUGGAAGCUAAAAUCAAAGCUGGUGAAAAUACGGACCUUCAGGUGCGCAUCGGGGACGUGCUGAUCCCGUGCCAUCUGCUGCCGUUGCAGUGCUUUAGUGAAUAUUUCGAGGAGCUGGUACAUCCCGGACAAGCGGUGGUUGAAUUUCCCGAACACGAGGUAACACCGGCCGCCUUCCGGAUCGUGUACGAAUGGAUCCUUAAUCCGGACCGGAAGCUAGAAUGGAUGCACUUUGUGGCCGUCCUAUCAGCAGCCGAGUUCCUGCGCAUUCCGAUGCUGGUGGAGUGCUGCUGGCGCUACCUCGACAACUCGCGAGUCAUUGAGAACGUGGCGUUUUACGUGUUUCUUCAGGGUUGCCACUUUAGCAACACCCAGCUGCAGUCGAUGAUGCUGCGUCGGAUUUGUCGCUUUUUCCUCAGCCUCGUCAGCACACCCGAGUUCUGUGAGCUUUCGUUCGAAGAGCUUUCGGUGCUGCUGUCUUCCAACAUAAUCGGAGUGUUCAAGGAGACGGACGUGCUGUACUCCGCCUGCCAGUGGUUACUGUACGAUUGGUCCGAGCGACAAGAAGAGCUGGAAUCCGUGAUGCAACUGAUCCGGUUCGAAUGCAUGGAGGUGAGCGAUUUGGCUCGGUUUUGCGUGUACCAGGAAUGUGCCACUUUGCAGCCAAUUUUGAAGCAUCCCGUGACCAAAGCGGCUGUCGAUAGAGCACUUGCCACCAUCUGUUGUCCAUCAUCGACCGUCACUCUGGAGCCUUCCGGUGAUGGAUUCGUUCAGGGGCGCCGGUCAACGCUUGAACGCGUGCGAUUGCUUCCGGAUUCACCGGAAACGCUGGCCUACACCGGAGGGGACACUAGCUUCGAAAGGUUUAUCGAAUUUCUGGCCGUUUUGAGAGACACCCCCGACAUGUGGAAAACGUUCCGUCCGUAUGGGAAAAACGUCGGCUUGCUGGACGACGUGUUUGGCAUGUGCUCGUUGGAAAAGUGA